AUGGGCUGCUUUUUCGGCUGUUUUCGUACCAAAGACUCGAGCUUUAAUCCGGCUCAUCCUCCGGAGCCGGUGGUGGUGCCUGGGAGUAAGAACGCUCUUUCGUCUUUAUUCCAGCGAGAUGACGAACCAGUCGGACAGGGAGAGGAAGGUCACAAGAAUUUGCUGCCUCAGGAAGUUGAUAUUAAGGAGCUCGGGGAGGAGGCCAAGUUCCUCAAAGUUUGUGGCACUUUACCUGAAACUCCUGUUGAAAUUAGAAAAGGCAUCGAGAAGUGGGAAGCUAAAUUGGAUUCACCCGUGGGUUCUUCAAGAAGUUCUGCAUACUCAUCAAAAGGCACCUCUGAAUUCCCGAGUGAACCCUCCAAGCAGUUUGAAUUGCUCGGCAGCAGAAGUGUAGUAAAGCCGUCACCAUAUCCGACCCUUCUCAAAUUGUCCAAUGAGGUGCUGACACUUGGCUCUGAGUUUCCUGCAUUACAUAAUAAUGGUAAAAUUAAGCCACGGAAAGAAGAUGACGUGAUAUUAACUCCAGUGGCUAAGUCAGCAGCAAAACAGAUGUCAGUUGAAAAAGAGGUGAAAAUGGAAGCAAGCCUGUCCGAUUGGUUGAAGCCGGUUUCACAAAACAAAGGUGGUAGUAUUGACAAUUUAGGUCUUUUUUCUCGCGAAAAGGCGUAUUUUGGGAAAACUCCCGGAGAUAGGCCGAUUUUAGGCAUGAUGGCUGCUCAUUGGAAUGAGAAUGAGAAUGAGACUUCUCAAGAUUCACCAAAGUGGUGGGAUGGAAAUGGGAUUCCGAAUUCUACUAACAAGUACAAAGAGGAUCAAAAAGUCAACUGGCACGCAACACCAUUUGAGGAGAGAUUGGAGAAGGCAUUGUCUGAAGAGACCUUUAUAUCUAAGAGGAAGCCUAUUGGCAUGACAUCUGAAGAGUCCGAUACUGCUUUCUCGCAUAUGCAAUCUUCGGACAGCUUUAAAUCUGUCGUUUCGUUUGGAUGA